AUGAAGACCAGCCCUCGCAAGCCCUUAAUUCUCAAAAGAAGGAAACUGACCCUCCCACAGAAUGAUGCAUCUGUUGCUUCAGCAAAAGAUAAGAACAGUGGUCAGGAUGAAAAAGCUCCUAAGCAAGAGCACAGUCAAGAGGACGAGUACAAUAACCAUCAUAGAGACAAAAUGGACUGUGGCCUGCAGAAAUUCCCAGCAGGGAUAAAGAUUAUUGACCACCCUACCAUGCCCAACACACAAGUGGUAGUCAUCCCUACAAAUGCUGAUAUACAGAGUAUCAUAGAGGCACUAACAGCAAAAGGAAAAGAAUGUGGCAACAACGGGCCCAACAAGUUCAUUCUCAUUAGCAGUGGGGGCACUUCGUCAGCAUGUACAGCGCCAUCUCAGCAUCUCCCAUCAGAGGAAAAACACAGUGUAGCAAAGGCUGCACAUGGUCAAGAGAAAGACAGGAGUGUUACACAGACACCAGGUCAUGCAGGAGGGACAAUGGCCUGGCAUGCAGAAGUUGGCUCUGUGGCUGAACGGGAACAGGAGAGCAACAGCAGUGGUGGAUCAAUAAACUCUGUAUUGGACAAUAGUCUCACUAACAUCCAGUGGCUGGGGAAGAUGAGAUCUGAUGGGCUAAAUCCCUGUUCUGUGAAGCAAGACGCAGAGAAAGAGAAUAAGAUGCCUCUGCAGGAAAGAAUCAAGACUGAAGAAGAUUCUGUUGCUCCUGCUACUCCUAUCACUGGCACCAUCUCGUCCUCCUCGUGGCAAGAUUCAGUAUCAGAACGACCUCCUUACUCCUACAUGGCCAUGAUACAGUUUGCCAUCAACAGUACAGAGAAAAAGCGAAUGACUCUGAAGGACAUCUACACUUGGAUUGAGGAUCACUUCCCAUAUUUUAAACAUGUGGCUAAGCCAGGCUGGAAGAACUCCAUACGGCACAACCUGUCUCUCCAUGAUAUGUUUGUCCGUGAGACAUCUGCUAAUGGUAAAAUCUCAUUCUGGACUAUUCACCCUGAGGCAAACCGUUGCCUAACACUGGACCAGGUAUUUAAGCCGCUGGACUUGGGGUCACCAACAUCGCCUGACCACUCUGAAUCACACCAAAAGCAACACCUUCCUGAUCCCCAGAAGAACAUGGGAAGCAACAGCAGCAGCAAAACUGAACCCCAGAAUGCACGUCGAAAGAUGAAGCCUUUACUUCCUCGCAUCAACUCCUACCUGGUUCCAAUCCAGUUUCCUUUGAGUCAACCUCUUGUCUUGCAGCCUUCUAUGAAGGUUCCUCUGUCCAUGGCACAGGGAGCAUCCCUCAACAGCUCAGAGACUUACCGGAGCAAUAAGCGUGUGCGAAUUGCUCCAAAGAUGUCACUCUCUGCAGAAGAGUCAUCCUCUUUAUCUGUGGCUGCUGUCAAGGAGGAGAGUCAAUGUGAUGAAGGUUUAUUUCCCUCAAUCCAUUCCCUAAAGGAGAGCAGCUCCCAGCCUGGUGAGGAAUCAUCCUCUUUCCCAAAGAGCAUCUGUAUAAAGGAGGAAGAAGACUCUCAACUGGAUGACUGGCUGUCCCCAUGCACCUCAACCCUAAUGGUAAAGGAAGAGCCAGACUUUUUCCUUCCAGUCUCAUCAACAAAGGAUAAGAAACAAUUCACAGUGCUGAAGUCACCAUCUAAGGGCAUUUCUGACACGUUAGUUAUAAAGAGGCGGGAAAGACGGGAAAUGGGCAGAUCCAGAAGGAAACAACGCCUGGCACUGCCUUGCCUAGAAGAGCCUGUCCUUGUUUUGCCAGAAAACCAUGGCUUUGACCCUUUCCUGCAGGAAAGCCAGCCUCUUGAGAAUGUAUCACAGCUCAGCUGCUUGCAGGGGGAAGAAGGACCCUUUAAAACACCAGUCAAGGAGAUGUUUGGCAAAUUGCCGGUUUCUUCCACUCCCAGCAAAGUGUCAGCAACUACUACCCCCCCUUUAGCCACCCUCGACCCCUGGAAGUCUGCAUCCUUAGCCAAGGGAAGUCAUGAGCUGGACUUCAGUCCAGUGAGAACACUUCAGUUGCCAUUCACACCCCCGCAGGAGAACCAGGACUUGCUGGAUUUCAACAGCACACCCCUUAAAAAUCCCCUCUUUGAGUCCCCUCAGGAGCUGCUCAAUACAGAAUCCAGUGUCCCCUUCAUGAGCCCUUCAGCUUUCACUUAUGAGUCUUGUAAGCAAUCAUCUGUUGAACUUCCAGCCUCUGGCUUUACUGAAAACCGGUCACUCAUGGAGGGCCUGAUCCUGGACACCAUGAAUGACAGUCUGAGCAAAAUCCUUCUAGAUAUCAGCUUUCCUGGUCUUGAAGAUGAAAAUUUAGGAACAGAUAUUAGUUGGUCUCAGCUCAUACCUGAACUGAAGUAA